GCGCGCGGCCGGAGCGCGCGCCCCCCGAGUCCCCGCUGCUGCCCCCUAAGGUGAUGAUCGCCAUCCUCGUGCGCAACGCGGCGCACAGCCUGCCCUUCUACCUGGGCUGCGUGGAGAGGCUCGAGUACCCGCGGGACCGGCUCGCGCUCUGGGUGGCGGUGGACCACAGCGUGGACAACAGCACGGCCAUGGUGCUCGAGUGGCUCAAGAGCGUCCAGGCCCCGUACCACUACGUGGAGUGGAGACCCCAGGAGGAGCCGCGGUCGUACGCGGACGAGUCGGGACCUAAGCACUGGUCCAGGUCGCGGUUCGACCACGUGAUGAAGCUGAGGCAGGCGGCGCUGAAGGCGGCCAGGAAGCAGUGGGCCGACUACCUCCUGUUCGCCGAUGCCGACAACCUGCUGACGAACCCGCGGCUGCUGACACUCCUGAUGGCGGAGAACCUCACGCUGGUGGCCCCCAUGCUGGAGUCACACACGCUCUACUCCAACUUCUGGUGCGGCAUGACCGCAGAGGGCUACUACGAGCGCACGCCCGACUAUGUGCCCGUUCGCCAGUGGAGGCGCGCCGGCUGUUUCCCGGUUCCCAUGGUGCAUUCCACCUUCCUGGUGGACCUGCGACGCACCGCCAGCCGCGCCCUCGCCUUCCACCCCCCCCACCCCGACUAUAGGGGGGCCUUCGAUGACAUCAUGGUCUUCGCGUUCUCUGCGCACAAGGCGGGCAUACAGAUGCACGUGUGUAACCGGGAGCGCUACGGCUUCCUGCCCGUCCCCCUGAAACCCCAGCAGAGCCUGGAGGACGAGGAGGAGAGCUGUGUUCACACCAUCACGGAGGCCAUGGUGGACCACGCUCUGGAGCCAUCGCGCCACCUGCACACCCCCCCGAAGGCCCAGGACACCAUUGGCUUUGACCAGGUGUUCCUCAUCAACUUGAGACGCCGCACACAGCGCAGGGAGAGGAUGCUGCGCACGUUGGCCGUGCUGGGGAUCCAGGCCACGCCGACCGAUGCCGUGGACGGCAAGGCUCUGAACGGCUCUCAGCUGGAGGCUCUGGGCGUGGCCAUGCUGCCCGGCUACAGGGACCCGUACUCGGGGCGCGAGCUGACCCGCGGAGAGGUCGGCUGCUUCCUGAGCCACCACCACAUCUGGACGCAGGUGGCGAACGAGGGACUCCGGCAGGUGUUGGUGCUGGAGGACGACGUGAGGUUCGAGCCCCGGUUCAAGAGCAGGCUGAGGGACGUCAUGCGGGACGUUGCAGGCCUGCAGCUGGACUGGGACCUGAUAUACGUGGGCCGCAAGAGGCUGCAGGAGAGGAGCUCCGAGAAGGCGGUGCAGGGUGCGAGGAACCUGGUGGAGGCAGGCUACUCAUACUGGACCCUGGGCUACGCCCUCUCGCUGGGGGGGGCGCGGAAGCUGCUGCAAGCCGAGCCCCUGGGCAGGAUGCUUCCCGUGGACGAGUUCCUGCCCGUCAUGUUCGACAAGCACCCAAAACAGCAGUACCUGGAGCACUUUGAGCCGCGGGACCUGCGGGCGUUCUCCGUCGAGCCCCUCCUGCUCUUCCCCACACACUACACGGGCGAGCCGGGCUACGUGAGCGACACGGAGACGUCCACCAUCUGGGACGACGAGGCCGCCGGCACCGACUGGGAUCGCGAACACACGCGGCGGAGAUGGCAGGAGGGCCAGGGCCGGCUCCGCCCCCCAGGGCCAAACAGCGCCGCCGCCGCCGACAGCCACAAUGAGCUCUGAUCCCGGGAGGGAGACACGCGCAGCAGGCUGUGAGCAUGCGUGCGCGCACACACACAGCGGGCUGCAAUCACAUAAACACAUACCGUCUUGGCUGUUUUACAGCCGUGUUGCAGUAAAUCGUGGUACUGGGAAGCGUUGUGUGGGAACAAGGGAUCAUGGGAAGACAGGUGAAGGAAGGACCAG